AUGAUGGCUGCUUACAAUCUCCCCCGGAUGGUGCGUGAUGAAGAGAAGUAUAUGGAAACCGUUAUUCCGCCGUUAGCGCCACCGUUUGCGGCCCGUGCCAGCAUGAAUCAGGACUUCUUUGUCAAUCGGAACGAGCCGAAAUCGGUCGAACCCUUGGAAGAGGUGCCCAAUGCCGCACCGUGCAUGAGCGUGGCCGAGAUUUUUGAUCUCCGCGGCUUUCGAAGCCCCGAGCUGUGGAAAUUCGCCAUGCUUGAAUGCGUCGCGACUACAUCACCACAGACGGACGCCGGUGUCUACAGUACGGCCACCUUCUUUACGCCCCUGUUCAUCGCAAUCACCAUAAUCUUUAUCACUCCACUCCUGUUGUAUACCUUUACCCCGUCGAGUGGAGGCCAUAUCAACCCAACCAUAACACUAGCCAUGUUCUUUGCCCGCACCAUCAGCUUCCCGCGCAUGGUUCUAUAUGUGGGAGGUCAAACGGUGGGUGGGGCUUUGGCAGGAUUUGCCAUGUCCAAUGCUUAUAGAAACCGAGAGACCGCAGUUGGCGGCUGUCAUAUUGACACGAGUCUCGUGGCUCCCGGCGAUGCGCUGAUCAUUGAGCUCUUUUCUUGUCUGCUCCUGAUCUUCGUGGCUUUUGCCGUGGCUCUUGAUCCGAGACGGGCUAAGGGUUUCGGAACAACUGCCCCCUGGUUCGUGGGCAUUAUUCUUGGUGUCGUUAGUUGGGCCACUGCUUUUACCCGUGAGGGCUAUUCCGGUGCUGGUUUGAAUCCGGCCCGAUGUUUCGGCGUGUAUGUGGCAUCCAGCUUUCCAGGAUACCAUUGGGUCCACUGGGUGGGUUACGUGAAAAUCUUUUUUUGGCUCCAUUUUCUGACGUGCGAUACUCAGGUCGGGCCACUUUUGGCAGCUGCCGGCCACGGCAUCUUCUACCUUGCGGACCCACUUUGGUUCGAACGGAGUUCGCCGUGA